AUGAGGAGGAGGCUGCGCCUUGGCCGGGACGCGUGGCUCACGCUGCUGCUCAGCGCCGCCCUCGGCCUCCUGCUUUACGCGCAGCGCGACGGGGCAGCCCCCACGACCAGAGCACCACCAGCGCGAGGCCAGCCCCCGCGGCCCACUUCUGGUCUCCGAGCACGCGGGCUCCCCAACACCGCCCGUGCGGCCCCGCCGGCCUACGAGGACGACACCCCGGUGCCCCCGACACCUACGGGCCCCUUUGACUUCGGCAGGUAUCUGCGCGCCAAGGAUCAACGGCGCUUCCCGCUACUCAUUAACCAGCCGCGCAAAUGCCGCAGAGACGGCGGAUCUGGAGGCCCGCCGGACCUGCUCAUCGCGGUCAAGUCUGUGGCCGCCGACUUCGAGCGGCGGGAAGCCGUACGUCAGACUUGGGGUGCCGAGGGUCGUGUGCAGGGGGCACUCGUGCGCCGAGUGUUCUUGCUGGGCGUGCCCAGGGGCACCGGCUCGGGCAGGGCGGGCACGCAGACGCACUGGCGCGCCCUGCUGGAAGCUGAGAGCCGUGCUUAUGCAGACAUUCUGCUCUGGGCUUUCGAAGACACCUUCUUCAAUCUAACGCUCAAGGAGAUUCACUUUUUAGCUUGGGCCUCAGCUUUCUGUCCAGAUGUACGCUUUGUUUUUAAGGGCGAUGCUGAUGUGUUCGUGCACGUGAGGAACCUGCUGCAGUUCCUGGAGCCGCGGGAUCCGGCACAGGACCUUCUUGCCGGUGAUGUGAUUGUGCAGGCAAGGCCAAUCCGCAAGAGAGUCAGCAAGUAUUUCAUUCCCGAGGUUGUGUAUGGACUGCCGGCUUACCCGGCCUAUGCGGGGGGCGGCGGCUUUGUUCUUUCCGGAGCCACGCUCCGCCGCCUAGCAGAGGCCUGCUCACAGGUUGAGCUCUUUCCCAUCGACGAUGUCUUUCUGGGCAUGUGUUUGCAGCGCCUGCGGCUCACACCUGAGCCUCAUCCAGCGUUUCGCACCUUUGGCAUCGCCCAGCCUUCAGCUGCCCCGCAUCUCCGAACCUUUGACCCCUGUUUCUACCGAGAACUGGUGGUAGUGCAUGGGCUAUCUGCAGCUGACAUCUGGCUUAUGUGGCGCUUGCUGCAUGGGCCUCAGGGACCAGUCUGCGCACAUCCACAGCCUGUAGCAACAGGUUCGUUCCAAUGGAACUCUUAAUUACCUAUCGCAGUAUCAAGCCUUUCACUCAGCUCCA